CUGCCAUGACAGCCCCGGAGGGACAUGGGAACACUGUCUCCCUCUCAUGUUAUUCCUCUCAUCGUUGGACUUACCUCCUCUGGGCUCUGUUGACUAUUUCAAGCCAGGUCUGGGGCUUUAACCUGGAUACUUCUCACACACUGCACAAGUUUGGGGACCGAGGCACCUUUUUUGGGUUCUCUCUUGCACUUCACCAACAGCUUACCCCAGAGCCUCAGAGCUGGAUCCUGGUGGGGGCACCACAAGCAGCAGGGCAGGGCUUGUUGCAGGGCAGUCGGCCAGGAGCCCUGUUCAGGUGUCCAAUCACACCAGAAGAGUACGACUGUAAGAGAGUGGAUAUCGAUGGAGAUGUGAGUCUGGACAGAGAGAGCAAAGACAACCAGUGGCUGGGAGUGACUGUAAAGAGCCAGGGGAUUGGAGGGAAGGUGGUGACCUGUGCUCACCUGUAUGAGCUCAGACAACGUGUAAGCCAAACCUCUGAGACCCGCGACCCCAUCGGGCGCUGCUACGUCCUGAGUGAGGACCUGACAGAGCGAGAUGACCUGGAUGGAGGGGAGUGGAAGUUCUGCGAGGGUCGGCCACAGGGACAUGAGCAGUUUGGCUUCUGUCAGCAGGGCCUGUCUGUCAGUUUCACCCCAGACAACAACUUCAUUCUGUUCGGGGCUCCGGGAACAUACAACUGGAAAGGUGAGAUGCGUGUCCAGCUCCUAAACCAGACUCUGCUUGACCUCGGUUUCUAUGACGAUGGGCCCUACGAGGUGGCAGAUCAGAAACAGCUAAAUGCCCAGCUCAUCCCUGUGCCCUACCACAGUUACCUGGGGUUCUCUGUGGACUCCGCCAUGGGAAUAAUGAGCCUUGGGGAGCUUACCUUUGUGGCGGGGGCACCCAGGGCCAAUCACACAGGGGCUGUACUGCUCCUGCGAAAGGACAAUGUGUACCGGCUGGUGCCACAGCACAUUUUCUGGGGGGAGGAGCUGGCCUCUUCAUUUGGGUACUCGGUAGCUACAGCAGACCUCAACAGAGACGGCUGGACCGACCUGAUUGUUGGAGCUCCUAACUUUUUCGACCGUAAGGCAGAGAUUGGUGGAGCAGUGUAUGUGUACCUGAACCCCCUUGGUCACUGGGACGAUCAGGCCCGUCCCAUUCGUCUCAAUGGUACAUAUGACUCCAUGUUUGGGAUGACAGUCAGCAACGUAGGAGAUCUGGACCAGGAUGGAUACGGAGAUAUUGCUGUUGGAGCACCCUUUGAUGGAGAUGGCAAAGUUUUUAUCUACAGAGGUUCAGAUGCUGGAAUUGAAACAAAACCUGCUCAGGUGCUAGACGGUCGUGACUUUGAUGUGAGACGUUUUGGAUACUCCAUCUCAGGUAGUUUGGAUAUUGAUAACAACCACUAUCCAGACCUUGCAGUGGGCUCCCUUAAUGAUUCAGUGGUUCUCUUCAGGUCUCGUCCAGUCAUUCAUGUGGUCAGGGAAAUAGCUGUUGACCCUCAACACAUUGAUCUGGAGCAGCACAACUGUAAGGGCAGAGAAGGAGUCUGCGUGGAGGUCAAGGCCUGCUUCACCUUUACAGCCCACCCAAAACACUACUCACCACACAUAACCCUUGUGGUGCUCUUUGAAGCGGACGCAGAGCGCAGGAAGCUGGGCCUACCACAUCGUGUUAAUUUCCUGGGUCGCAGUUCUCUGGAGCCGGAGUACACUCAGAAGACAGAAGAAGUGGAGCUGCAUCACCAGCGUCACCCUGUGUGCACCACUGCUGUCUUCCAGCUCCAUGAGAACAUCCGUGACAAACUGCGUCCCAUCUCGCUGGCAAUAACCCAUACUAUCAAGCCCGUGCCACCACGCAGACACUCAGCUACCAAGAAGCUGGAGAAGCUGGCGCCUGUACUGAGUGUUUCUCCCUCUAACACACUGCACUCUGAGGUGAAUUUCCUGCGGGAAGGAUGUGGCACCGACAAAAUCUGUCAGAGCAACCUGAAGCUGAGCUACCAGUUUGGAACACGACCCCUGACCUCUGACCUCUUCACCCCUCUGCCAAAAGAUGAGGAUGAUGUGCAGGUCUUCUCCCUGUCAGACCAGCGGUUGGUGGUGCUGGAGAUCACCGUCACCAACAUGCCCUCUAACCUGCUGGAGCCUGAUGAGGAUGGAGAUGACGCUCAUGCUGCUCAGCUGCUUAUCAACCUUCCAAGCACGCUGUCGUAUGCUGGCUCCAGGAUCCCAUCACAGAUGAGGUGUCAAGCUAACCAGAAUGGCUCCCAAGUUGAAUGUGACCUGGGAAACCCCAUGAAACGAGAUACUAAGCUGAAAUUCUCCAUCAACUUGAGCACAUCUAAUAUCACGAUCGAAACCACUGAGCUGACUGCAGAUCUUGUAUUGACUACUAUCAGUGAACAGCUUGAUCUGGGCCCAGUCACAGCAUUUGCUAAGGUUGUGAUAGAGCUCCCUCUGUCUGUCAGCGGGCUCGCUCGUCCUCACCAGCUGUUCUUCAGCGGGGCUGUGAAGGGAGAGAGUGCCCUGACCAGUCUGGAGGACAUUGGAAGCCCUGUGGAUUUUGAGUUUGUGGUGGCUAAUCCAGGUCAAGCUCUGAACACGCUCGGCUCGGCCUUCCUCAAUAUCAUGUGGCCUCACGAGCUGGCCAAUGGGAAAUGGCUCCUUUACCCUUCUAGUCUGAAGUUUGAAGGUCACCCAAACACCCUCUGCACUCCCAAGGGGUUCUUGAAUCCUCUGAAGCUACAGAGCUCCUCACCUACAGAGCCUCCACCAAAUGUCACUGAAACGGUAAGUGGGGCACGCCGCUCCUACCCAGAGGAUGAAGGUCAAGUGAUGACAAAAGGCAGCGUGGGACGAACCACCCCAGCUGUGGCAGCUUCAGAGAGACGCAAGUCGCUCAAACUGGAUUGUCUCUUGGACUCGGCACGCUGUGUGCUCCUCCAGUGUCCCCUCCACAGCUUCUCUGGUCAGGCCAUCCUCAAGAUCCGUGCAUGGCUGUGGAACAGUAGUUUCAUAGAGGAGUUCCCAGCAGUCAGUGCUCUGGAGCUGCUGGUCAGAGCAAACAUUACUGUGAAGUCCAGCAUCAAACACCUGCUCCUCAAGGAUGCUGCUGCACAGGUUCCAGUGAUGAUCUAUCCUGAGCCUGGUCUGGCUGACCAGUACUCGAUCCCCUGGUGGAUCAUCGCCAUAGCCAUCCUGUUAGGCAUCCUGUUGCUGACUGUACUGGUCUACAUACUGUUUAAGUGUGGCUUUUUCCAACGGGCCCACUACAAAGACAAAUUGCCUCAGUACCAUGCGGUGAAGAUCCCUCGUGAGGACCGGCCACAGUUCCAGACUGAGAAGUCAGGAGUUGUACAUAAAAAGGAAUGGGCCACGCACUGGAGCGAUGGGACCUCAUAACUGGCUUUUGAAGCACUGACUGACUGAAUUAAAUCAAAUCACCAUGUGUGGCGCUCAUUCUGUCUUUACAUUGGAACUAACUGACUAAACCAAAGUGCACAUAGACUGAGAUCAUGAAAUCUUGUGCACACUGACUGUACUGCGUCAGUACUUGCGUAUUGGUGGCUUGUUACACUGACUGGAUCUAUACUCUCCCAUAUUGUAUUCCACUGAUGGCUGGUCCUGGAUAGUCUAUUUAUAAUAUGCAUCUAUAUAUGUCAGUGUUUUACAGUAAAUACUGAAGGCCCACAACAGUAUUAGAACCAGGCUAGCUGCUUGAUAUCUUUUGCAGCCUGCAGGAGGAGCACUGACGCUCACAUGGACUUUAUGGACAACGGAGAAUAGAGGAUCAAACAAUUCAUAUAAACACACAAAGACAUGCAUGAAUGCACAAACAUACCAUAUAAUAAUAGAUGCAUACAGACACACUGGACAUUGUUGAUGAAGAAGCCACUGCCCAUGACAAAGACUAUUUUUUGCCUUAACUACUGUAAGAUUGACGAUGGAUAUGGCCAAUGAAAAGAUGCAUUUUUUUUAUAUGAAUGGUGUUUUGGAGUUUUCUUUCAAUUAGCACUGGCAAACAUUGGGAAAAUGUCAGUAUGUAAGAUAUCAGUAA